UAGAGUAAACAGAAUCAUUGAGCAAGAAGGAAGUAAAAUACACAGUUAAUCUCUUAAACAAUAUCAUUCUCAGUACAUGAACGAGAAAUGUGGAACUUCUGUAUCGUAUUUCUCUGGACCUUUUUGAGUAUUUACAUGAUAAAACAUACUCAAGCCUAUACAAGAUGCACCAAACCAGAUACCCGUAAAACGGCUUAUAGGUAUAGCUGUACACAGAGUUCUCAGUGUUUGACUGAAUACUGUGACCCAUAUUUAGGGCUAUGUUCAUGUCCAUCAGGCUCAUUUAUAGACUCAAUUAGUGGACUAUGUGUUCAAAACAGCGGCUCCAUCCAUACCUUAGCUGGAGAGUGUGGUUACCUUACCAGCCCAAGCAGCGUCAGCACAGGAAGCCUGGUAACUUGGAGUAUCCGCGGAGAGAAUGGGACUUAUACCACUAUAAUUGUUUUAGAGAUAAACAUGAAUCCAACAAGCUGUUCGACAAACUAUUUGGAAAUUUUGGAAAAUUCUUCAACCUUACUUAGCAAAACAUGUGAUGGCUCAUAUAACAUGCCGAGAUUCCAUGCUUCUAAAUCAAAUAAUACUCUAACAGUUUCAUAUCGAAAGGCUUCCAGUGGAUACCGAGGAUUUAGAGCUAUAUAUUAUACAAGACGUGAUUACAGUGAAUUAAAUGAAACAAUGGGAUAUAUUGUAAGCCCAGGAUAUCCUGUGUCCUAUACUACACGAUUGAACAACACCUGGCUUAUUGCAACAGAGCCUGGGCAUAUAAUUAAAACAACAUUUUUAGUAGAUACUGAGAACACUCGUGAUUACGUGAGAGUGUAUGACGGACGAUAUUUGUUUUCUUCAACAUUGACAACUUUAACUGGAUCAGUGUCUCUGAGAACUGUGACGUCAACAGCCAAUUAUAUGUUGAUACAGUUCACAACAGAUUAUUCUGUAAACCGCGCUGGAUUUAGAGCCACGUAUGAAGUAUAUGACCUCGGUUAUGGUAACAGGUGCAGUUCAAUCAGCUUGUGUACACCAGGACUGACCUGCUUAGAUGGUCAUUGUGCAUGUCCAACUACACAAUAUUAUAACCCAAUCAAUGGCUUUUGUCUUUCUAGAGUUUCUUUUAGAAAUCCAUGUCCGCUUUCUGAGGAAUGUCUUCAAGGCUUAGUUUGUCGUGAAUCUGUUUGUCUUUGCUUAACAACUCAAUAUUAUCAAUACAGUUCUGGAACUUGUAAAAACGGUGUGGUUUAUGGCAAAAAUUGCACGAAUUCCAAUUGUGUGGAUGGUCUUAAUUGCUACUUAGGUGUAUGCAACUGUUCCAGUAAUCAAUAUUACGAUCGAUCGUUUGGAAUUUGUAAAGUCAGAAUAGCUCAUGGAAAUAGUUGCUCAGGUACAGAGCAAUGUGUUGUUGGACUCACCUGUACUGGAACAAAGUGUGGAUGUUUGACCAGUCAUUAUUAUGAUUUUAGUUCUUCAACGUGCAGAACGAGACUUUCGCACGGAAGUUAUUGUACGUCAGCAAGCCAAUGUCAACAAGAUUUUGUAUGUACUGAGAAUUAUUGCAGAUGUUUUACCAAUACUUAUUACAAUAGUAGAACAUGUGUAGCUCAACUUUCUCAUGCCGUGAGCAGCUGUUCAUCUUCUGAUGAAUGUUUAAGUCCUUAUGUAUGUAGAUAUGAGAAAAACUUCCUUAAAGUAUGUCUUUGCCCUAGCGACAUGUAUUUUGAUACAUUUUACUGUCAAAAUUAUUCAGCUCUACAGGCUAGAGUUUCCAACAGUUCAAUAGUCAAGACAGAUUCAAUACUUCUGAAAUGGACAACGUCAACAUGGAAGUCUAUGUUCUCUUUCACUGUUGAAUGGGGAAGAAAAUACGUGUUGACAAAUACGAGUGAGCUCUACGUAGACGGUCUGUUACCUGGAAGUACCUAUUACUUUACCAUCACCACAAACAUACCUGGAGAUGAUUAUUACAAUAAUAAAUCUGUCCAGUCUAAAUCAUCUAUAGUAACAAAACAAGUUCCAGGCAAUACAUGCUCUAGCAAUUACACAUGUUCUGAAAACGCAAGCUGUGUCUAUGGUGUGUGUACAUGUUUAAGUCAGUUCUAUGUGAAUCGAGUCUUGAAAACAUGUGAACCAAGACAGAUAAAAGGUUACGAAUGCAGUCGAACAGAUGAAUGUAAAGAUACAAUGAUUUGUGUAAACCGAAGAUGUGACUGUCAGUCAGGAUACUACUACCACAACAACAAGCAAGACUGUUUUGGAGCCCUCAAGAAAGGACAACUGUGCGAUCCUUCAAUUGAGAAUGUAUGUGAGUUACCGGACCUUAUCUGUUCACGUGAAAGCGUAUACACAACUAAUUACACUUGUCAACAAAAGUAUACAAAUCCAGACGAAAUAGUUUUUCAUGAGACAGAUGAACACAACAACACAGUGUCUAUAGCUGUUGCCGUUGUUGGUUGGGUUGCUGCCCUUGUUGCUUUCAUCACUGUAAUUAUUCUAUGUUCAAGAAUCCGCAGAAAGUCCUCCACUAAUGGCAGCAAGGAUACAACCGCAACUGUUCACGACCUAAGGAGAUCCAAUAUAUCGACCGUUCCUCCAAAAAAUGACUACAGAUCUUUUCCUACCACAACAGAUCCACAAUCAACCACUAGUACAACAAGUGCGCCUGAUGUAUCGCCAGUACAGUCAACAGUGCCCGCUAUGACGUCUGCUAAGCCUGCGACAUCAGCCAAGACCAAUAAUGCUACUGUCUCAGUCAAGCCUAAAUUUGUUUACGACAAUAAAACGUACACACCUGACUUAGCUAAAAAAAAUGAGAGCCAAUAUGACGAAAUUGACAUGGAGCUGAUUUUAGCCGCUUACAUCCAUGAGGAUAGUAACGACCAAGUUUAUCAGAAUGUUCAAAUCCCGAAAGAAAAUGAGUACAACAAUUCUAACAUUUAAAACUCCCAAUUCUGUGUCCGCUUUAUAUCAGUGUAAAGACCUUAGUGUCCUCAUAUUUAUACCAUGUGGCUUUAUUAACUCUUUGCAUAAAGCUGCAUAUAACCUUAGCAACCAAAAAGAAAUAAAACUAAUAUACUUGUGUGUGUAGGAUUUUUGUAGACGGUCGUUGGUUUUAGUAUCAAACUUCUGGUAGGCAACUAAACCCUGAUAGGCGUAGUUACAGCUUAAACUUGAAAUAAUUUACAUCACUUCUUUGUAAAAAAAACUACAUAGAAAUUUUAUUUCAAUAUACUGAAUAGAGAUACAUUUAGCUUGACAUACAAUGAAAUUACUAUAAUAGACUUUGUAGUACUAUCAACUGGUAUUCUGAACAAAAUCAAACGCACUAGGAAAACACGUCUUUUAACUCUAGCAAUCUGGAGUCUGUUUCUUUUUCUCUUUGAAACUGUCUUUCUUGCUCUUUUGCUUCUAUUUCUUCUCUCUUUCACUUCUCUCUUUCUUCUCUUUUACUUCUCUUAUUCUCUCUUUUACUUCUCUUUCUUCUCUUUUACUUAUCUUUCUUCUCUCCAUUACUUCUCUUUCUUCUGUCUUUUACUUCUCUUUCUUCUCUCUUUUAAUUCUCUUUCUUUUCUCUUUUACUUCUCUUUCUUCUCUCCAUUGCUUCUCUUUCUUCUCUCUUUUACUUCUCUUUCUUCUCUCUUGUACUUCUCUUUUUUCUCUCUUUUACUUAUUUUUCUUCUUUCUUUUACUUCUCUUUCUUCUUUCUUUUAAUUAUCUUUCUUCUCUCUUACUUCUUUGUCUUCUCUAUUUUACUUAUCUUUUAUCUUUCUUUUACUUCUUUUAAUUCUCUCUUUUACUUCUCGUAUUCUCUCUUUUACUUAUCUUUCUUCUCUCCAUUACUUAUCUUUCUUCUAUCUUUUACUUCUCUUUCUUCUCUUUUUUACUUCUCUCUUUAAUAUUCCUGGUGCAAUCUUGAUUGAACAAACUUGGUUUUCUCAUUUCCCUUCCAAGCUAACUUAUCUGCUAAUUCUAUAAUUUUAUUAUUAUCUGCUAUCUUAGUAAUAUUUUAUUUGUAGACUGACUUUAUGUUAUUACAGAACAAAUGAUUAAAUGUGUACAAUGGCAGGUAUUAAAUUAUAGUAAGCACACUACAAUGAGCCUUACCAAAAUCAAUACUAUAAAGUAGAAUUUAAGGCGUAUGUAUGUAUUUGCGAAAUAGAAAUGAAAAACUUUUGACCAAUCUUGAUAAAACUUGGCAUAAAUGUUUCUUGGGUACUAACUUAGACCGUAAUGUAUGUAAAACAAACUUAAGACCCUCAAAAAAAUGUUGACCAACUCUAUUAAAGCCUUAGUAUUUUAUAAAUAUCUUUUCAUGUUUACAUGAGAGAAGAUCGAAAGGAUCUAGUUCUAGAUCUAAUUUUUAAAACUACACUUUGCGAAGAUAUUUUUCACUUUGACAAAUGAACAUACAAAAUAUAGUGUACUGAUUUCAUUAUUUAAUAAAAUUAACCUUCACAUUUGUGUCCCAAAGCAUUUUUUACAUAAAUUGGUUACUUAUAUCUGCGACCCAAUUUUUAAUUCCUGACGUACAUUCUUUCAUUAGACUUUAGACAAGUUACACAUCUCUCUUUUCCUAUGUCUAAUUCAGCUCUAAGAUGAUAGAACUUCUCUUCCCAAAGAUAGUUUUAUAAUCAAACACAUGAACAUACUAAUUAUAGUCUUAUUCCUUUUUAAAUUUUUAUCAAAUUAACUUUCAAAUUUGAUUCUAAACUAUUCUAAAGCAUUUUUACAUAAAUUCGUUCGCCAUGAGUGCAACUCUAUUCUUGAUAUCACGUGCUUCUAAAUAUAGAUCUAUACACAAGCCAAUGUUUUCAUUAAAAAAUUAUCUAUUUUUAGCUCCAUUCAUAAUAUAUUUUUAUUCAUGAAUUCAGGCAUUUGCGUUACUUAUAAGAUUAUUAUUUUCUUUAAUUUUUUCUAAUGCCCUAUAUAAGUGACUAUAUCAGCAAUGGCAAGUUCAAGUUAAGCCCCGCGGGCAGCGGGUUAUAUCUGUCUAGUAGCAGUAUAAAUGAAAUAAAGUAAAUGCAGAUAGUUUCAGUACACACAAAAUAUUACAAGAAUAUCGCUAUACCUAUCAAUUGUUGUAAAUAUUUAGUUGUGAACAUGUUCGUAAAACUUCAGUCAACUUUUAAUUCUAACGUAAUUAACUUGUACGUUUGAAACAUCUUUAAGCUAGUGAGUUGUCAGUGGGUUUUGUUAAUGUCAUUAUUGUCUAAUCAUUUGCAAGCUGAUAUAAAAUAAGCAAUUAUUUCCCAUUACCAUUCUUUCAAUGACUAAGUAUGUUAAUGAGCUCCGCUUCUGUUGCUGAGCUGAAUGCUGUUGAAACAAAUAUAAAUCUGCCAACGCCUAAGGCGUGCGUACACUUUAAAACAUUUAAGCAUAUCAAUAAAAAGUUCAUGUUGUUAA